AUCGACACUAGGAAGGGACAGCGUACCCGUCCUCUUUUUCGCCCCUCACAAAUCACCCCGCCUAUAUCCAUGGCUCCUAUAUCCGUCCCUGGUGUUAACGUACCUCUCGUCACUGGCCCAUUGGUGUGCAACUCGUGCUGCCAACAUGUCUCAGUCCGUUAACCGAUUGUGCAUAUUGCCCAGAUACUUGGUUACAUGUGGGGAUACGGCCUUUUUGGCAUUCUCACCGUUCAGAUGUAUAUUUAUCAUAUCCAUUUUAACCACAAAGACACGUGGAGAAUGAGAUUAUAUGUGUGGUUCAUAUACCUUCUCGAGGUCAUUUUUACCAUUUUUUCAACUAUCGCGGCUUGGGAUCAAUAUGCUGAUGGAUGGGGAGACGUGGAUUCGCUCUCGUAUAUCGACUGGUCCUGGGAACCACUUCCUGCACUCAAUGGCACUAUUUCUGCCAUGGUUCAAACAUUUUAUGUUUGGAGAAUUUUCAACCUUACGAAAAACGUAUGGAUCUGUAUCUUGAUCGAAAUUGUUGCUGUUGCGCAAUGCGUGCUUGCCUAUUAUUACGGAAUAGCGGUAUCUGUACAAGGUCUGAGUGUCACCAAGCUCGUUGGGUUAACACCUGUGGUUAGCACAUGGCUAGCCGGGAGUGCAGUUUGUGAUGUACUGAUCACUUCUGUGAUCGUCUAUGUUCUAUGGCAAGCAAAUAGCCAAUCGACCUUUAGUCAGACGACAAAUGCAGUCACGAAAAUUAUCCGUUUCACAGUUGAGACGGGAUUACUGACUUCCAUGGCUGCUGUAGUAGAGUUGGUCCUUUGGUUAGUCCAGCCCAGGUAUUACGUCCAUUUCAUCGGAUUUCUCGUCCUAGGAAAGCUGUAUUCUAAUGCCCUCGUCGCAACUUUGAAUUCAAGAGCGCUUGUUUUCGGUACCAUUCAAAAUGGCGCUCUCAUCACCUCGUCAGGAUCGAUACCGCACCCUUCGAGUUCUUUCUGGGACGAGGCUGGACCGAAAAUUACAGCACCACUUGGAGCAUUACGGUCACAGACCGUACACGUAACACGAACCACAGAAGUCCACGAGGAUGGCGACUCUCAUGAGAUGAUCGUUGUAUCGGUGAGAUUUAGAGAGAAUUCACAUGCGAUGGCGGGCUGACAUCUGAAAAGGAUUUCAAGAGAGGUGAAAAUGCCAUAAGUCUGGGCAUUGACGGUAACGGCGGACCAAAGUAUUAUGAACAUCACCUGUAACGAGCCAUAACGCACCCCAGUUUUAAGUUAUUUAUUUUUUAUGCCACAACUUGUGUAACACAAGGCGAAUGAAGUUGAAAUAGGUAUCCGUUAC